AUGGCCGCUUCUCCGCCACGCCGUCGUGAAGACUUCACUGUAGCAGUGAUAUGCGCCCUUCCCCUCGAGUUCGACGCUGUGGAGUUGGCCUUCGAUGAGCUAUGGGAGGAAUCCGACCUUGGUCUCGGCAAGGCUGCUGAUGACGAAAAUAACUACAUGCUGGGUCGAAUCGGCAAGCAUAACGCUGUUCUUGUCGUUUGUGGUAUGGGAAAAGUGAACGCAGCGAACGCGACUGCGCGCCUUCGGUCCAGUUUCGGGCAUCUCAAGUUAGCCCUCUUAUGUGGCAUAUGCGGUGGGGUGCCCAGUGCAAACGGCGAUGGGAAUAAGCAGCUGGGAGACGUCGUCAUCAGCAAGAGUUUAUUCCAGUACGAUCUGGGACGACUCUUCCCAGGCCGGCCACCCAGAGAGAUUCGGUCCCUGCUUACUGUAUUCGAAACUCAUAGGCAAAAACAUCGCCUACGACAAGAAAUAUUUAAAGGUCUGACAGAAAUCCAAAACAAAGCAGUCAAGGAGAAUUACGAUGUCGACUACCAUCGACCAACAUACGGAGACGUGCUCUUCCAACCCGACUACAUGCACAGGCAUCGGAAACACACACAGUGCUGCUGCAACGAGACCCUGGCCUGUGAGCAGGCAACGAUAGCUACCUGUGAUGACCUCGGCUGUGACACCGAAUGCCGAGUGCCUCGAAGACAUCUUGAGAGUCAGUCUGGAAUUCAAACUGGGCAAGAGAAAGCUCCUGUUGAGCAUCAACAGCCUCUUACAUUUAUUGGUUCGGUUGGAACAGGGGACACCGUCGUGAAGUCUGGCAAGGACCGAGACCGGAUUGCGAGAGAACACAGCCUCGUCGCCUUUGAAAUGAAAGGGGCUGGAGUUUGGGAUCAAUUGCCCUGCAUCAUCGUCAAGGGGGUAUGUGACUAUGCCGACAGUCACAAGAACAAGACUUGGCAACACUAUGCCGCGGCAACAGCUGCUGCGGCGGCGAAGGCCCUGCUCCAUCGCUAUGCUCCAACAGUGGCACCGGUUGAGCAGGCUACACGAAUUGAGACGCCUGGCUUCUCACCAAAGUUUGAAAUGACACGUGUCAAAAAUCCCGGAUUUGUUGGCCGAGAAGAGAUACUCAACCGUAUCAAACAGCUAGUGGCACUCAAUGGGCUUGGUGGUGUAGGCAAGACGCAAAUUGCAUUGGCGUAUGCCUACUGGGUACAUGAGACUUUCCCUGAAGCUUCCGUCUUUUGGGUUCACGCUAGCAACCAUCAACGAUUUCGCCAGGCUUUCACAUCGAUCGCUCAAGUAUGCGGCAUCACGGGCUACGACGAAAAUAAGGCCGAUACCCUUCUUCUGGUGAAGCAGUGGCUUGAGAGUAAAAAAAGCGGUCGCUGGCUACUAAUCAUCGACAAUGCCGACGACAAGGAGACUUUCUUCACGGACUCUGGGCAAGACGGCAUUAGCACAGAUGUGUCAGCACUUACAUCGGAAGGGGGACUAGGUCGCUUCAUCCCUGAGUGUCUCCACGGAUCCGUCCUCAUAACGACAAGGGACAUGCAGACAGGCCUAAGGAUGGCCGCGGGAGUUCCUCCAAUCAAAGUCAAUGAGAUGAUCGGUGCUGAGGCUGUUGAGCAGCUGCGGUCCUUGCUCCCGAACCAAAACAUCUUUUCAUCGGAAGCAAUCGCGUUGGCAUCUCGACUUGAGUACUUGCCAUUAGUACUAGCGCAGGCAGCCUGCUUCAUCUUCAAAAACUCCAUGUCCAUCAACGACUAUGUUCAACUACUGGACAAGAGCGACUCUAGAUUGGUACGUCAGCUGAGCGAGCCUUUCGCGUCAGUAGGGCGAGACUCGGAGACUCCCCAUGCGCUGACGGCCACCUGGUUGAUUUCCUUCCGUCAAGUCGAAGAACGGUAUCCUUUGGCGGGCAACUUGCUUUCUUUCAUGAGCAUGUUUGAUCGCCAGGCUAUUCCCAAAGCCUUCGACGACUCCGAGACGACUUUGGAAGUCGCAAACGCUUUGGGGAUUCUCCAAGCGUUUUCCUUCAUUUCUCAAGCGAGUAAUGGAACUUACGACAUGCAUCGACUCGUGCAUUUAGUCACGCGCAAACGUCUUUUGAAGGAGAAGAAGAUGCCGCAACUUUCAAGCGAGGCUCUUGGAAUGAUGGCUCGUGCUUUUCCCUAUGGAUGCUUUGAGAAUCGAGUAACAUGUCUUGCAUAUCUACCCCAUGCCCUCGCCCUUCUGAUCCAAACCGGAGAGCUACUGUACAAUGUGGCCGGUUACUUUGACUACCUAGGGCAAGAUUCGGAGGCAGACACGUAUUUGACACGAGCAUUGGAACUACGGAGACAAGCACUUGGGCAGGAGCAUCCUAAGACUCUUAAGACGAUGGGCAACUUGGCAUUGUCUCACAUAAAUCAAGACCAUCUAGAGGUGGCUGUUGAGUUGCUUCUGUCUACACUGGAAGCCCAGAAGAGGCUGCUGGCAGAGAGCGAUAAAGACGUACUAUACACGCGCCCCGAGCUUUCGACUUUGUACUUUAAGCAGGGGCAGUAUGAGGAGGCAGAGAAGCUGCAACUGCAGGUACUAGAGAGAGAUAGAGAGAUGGAGCUAGGGAGGACGUAUACAGAGCAAGGCCGUCUAACAGAGGCAGAGCAAAUGUUCUCUCAGGCGCUCGCUCGAAGCAGGGCAUUGGUGGGCGAGGAGCACGAUGAAACGGUACGGACCACGUUAGAUCUAGGAAGACUCUAUAGAAGUCAAGGUCGUCUAGUAGAGGCAGAGGAGCUUUUCCUGAAGAUGCUAGAACUACGGAGAAUUACGUUAGGCGAGGAGCAUAAGAACACAGCAUGGAUCAUGGGAGAAUUGGGAUUCUUAUAUUCUCACCAACUCCGGCUGGCAGAAGCGGAGAAGUUACAACUACGAACGUUGGAAGUAGACAGAAAGGUUUUACGGGAAGGACAUGUUGAAACUUUAAUACAAGAGAACAACCUCGCCUGGACAUGGUGGGAUCAAGGUCGGAAAGAGGAAGCGAUUCAGCUGAUGCGUAAGUGCGCCAAGGCUCGAGAACGCGUUCUUGGUCGACAUCACGAACACACAAAAGGCUCCCUCGAAUCAUUGUCACACUGGGAGAAAGAGAUGGACACGGAGCACAGCAGCGACAAUGAGUCGGGGCACGGAAGCGAAGACUCUAGCGAGGACGAGGAGGAAGACACGUAUGCACGUUCAUACGUAGGCUCCGAUGACGACUCGGAUGAUGGCGAAGGAGCACGCCUAUAG